CACGCCGCCUGCCAGCCUCGGUGCUACGAGCGAAGCGCGGACCUUUCAACAAGAGCUUUAUUAAUUUUCACGCUGCGACCUAGGAAGGCUAUGGAGGUGGCUGCUAAUUGCUCUCUGCGUGUGAAGAGACCUCUGUUGGAUCCUCGCUUCGAGGGUUACAAGCUCUCCCUCGAGCCGCUGCCCUGUUACCAGCUGGAGCUUGACGCAGCUGUGGCAGAAGUAAAACUUCGAGAUGAUCAGUAUACACUGGAACACAUGCAUGCUUUUGGAAUGUACAAUUAUCUGCACUGUGACUCAUGGUAUCAAGACAGUGUCUACUACAUUGAUAACCUUGGGAGGGUUAUGAAUUUAACAGUGAUGCUGGACACUGCUUUAGGAAAACCACGAGAGGUGUUUCGACUUCCCACAGACUUGACAGCAUACGACAAUCGCCUUUGUGCAUCUAUCCAUUUCACAUCUUCUACCUGGGUUACCUUAUCAGAUGGAACUGGACGAUUGUAUCUCAUUGGUACGGGUGAACGUGGAAAUAGUGCUUCUGAGAAAUGGGAGAUUAUGUUUAAUGAAGAGCUUGGGAAUCCUUUUAUCAUAAUUCACAGUAUCUCAUUGAUGAAUACUGAAGAACAUUCAAUAACUACCUUACUUCUUCGAAUAGAGAAAGAAGAAUUGGAUAUGAAAGGAAGUGGAUUCUACGUUUCUUUGGAAUGGGUCACUAUCAGCAAGAAAAAUAAAGAUAAUAAAAAAUAUGAAAUCAUUAAGCGUGAUAUUCUCCGUGGAAAGUCAGUGCCACAUUAUGCUGCUAUUGAGCCUGAUGGGAAGGGUCUGAUGAUUGUCUCCUACAAGUCCUUCACAUUUGUACAUGUUGGUCAAGAUCUUGAAGAAAAUAAGAAUGAGAACAUGUCUGAGAAAAUCAAAGAACCUCUGUAUUACUGGCAACAGACUGAAGAUGAUUUGACAGUAACAAUACAGCUUCCAGAAGGCAUUUCUAAGGAGGACAUUCAAGUACAGUUUUUGCCUGAUCACAUCAACAUUGUGCUGAAGGGUCAGAGGUUUUUGGAAGGAAAUCUCUAUUCAUCUAUUGAUCAAGAAAGCAGUACAUGGAUGAUUAAAGAGAAUAAAAGCUUGGAGAUUUUCUUGACUAAAAAGAAUGAAGGACUAACAUGGCCAGAGCUAGUGGUCGGUGAUAAACAAGGAGAGUUUAUAAGAGACUCAGCCCAGUGUGCUGCAAUAGCUGAACGUUUGAUGCACUUGACCUCUGAAGAACUGAAUCCAAAUCCCGAUAAAGAAAAACCUCCUUGUAAUGCUCAAGAGUUAGAAGAAUGUGAUAUUUUCUUUGAAGAGAGCUCCAGUUUAUGCAGAUUUGAUGGCAUUACACUAAAAACUACUCAUGUGGUGAAUCUUGGAAGCAACCAGUACCUUUUCUCAGUCAUAGUGGAUCCUAAAGAAAUGCCCUGCUUCUGCUUACGCCAUGAUGUUGAUGCCCUGCUCUGGCAGCCACACUCUAGCAAACAGGAUGAUAUGUGGGAGCACAUUGCAACUUUCAAUGCUUUAGGCUACGUCCAAGCAUCAAAGAGAGACAAAAAAUUUUUUGCCUGUGCUCCAAACUACUCGUAUGCAGCCCUGUGCGAGUGCCUUCGUCGAGUGUUCAUCUACCGCCAGCCCACGCCCAUGUCCACUGUACUUUACAACAGAAAGGAAGGCCGGCAAGUAGGGCAGGUUGCUAAGCAGCAAGUAGCAAGCCUAGAAACCAAUGAUCCUAUUUUAGGCUUUCAAGCAACAAAUGAGAGAUUAUUUGUUCUCACUACCAAAAACCUCUUUUUAAUAAAAGUAAAUACAGAGAACUGAUCACCCCAACAUGUUGGCUUCUCUGUACUGGGAAAAGUAGUCAGUGGUAGCCAGGAAGCUUAGUAGUUAUACUGUAGCCUAUUAAGUUUUACUAUGUUAAAUAAAUUAUCUUCUAUGGAUUGUUUUAUUUUUAAAGGAAAUUGGAAAUAUAUUCAAGAGAUUAUGAUUCUAUAAAAGCUAAUGGAAUGAAGCUGCAAACUUAGAGAAAAUUCACUUCUGUAAAAAAAUGUAAAGUAUUAGAAUGAUUUUUUUUAAAAGUCUGGAAUUUCAUCUUUUAUAUGAAAGAUGUACAAUUCAGUGUUUAAAAAUAAAAAUAUUUAUCACGUA